AUGAGUUUCUUCAGAAUAGGCAAGAAUGUUAGUAGACAAGGCUAUAAGUUCAACUCCUCCACUGUAGAUGAUAUUAUUGGCUUAUGUGAUUUUGAAACUUCAUUAUGUGGUUACAAAAAUGAUCAUAGUUUGAUUACGAAAUGGCUGCGAACAUCAACACCAAAAACUGUAAAAUUUAAAGAUCAUACAACUCGGUUAUUGAACGGUCAUUAUUUGUACCUCGAAUCAAAUUCUCAUGGUCGUUUAGUAUCUCCUAUCAUUCAACCGAGCAAGGAGUUCACGUCACAAUGUCUAAGCUUUCUUUACAUCUUACACGAUCAGUCAAACAGCAAUAACAACGUUACUGAAUUGAAAGUGUCGAUAGAAAAACAGGGACUCAGCUCUACAAUAUCGGCGAUCGAUAUUGUACAAUUCAAUGAAUGGGCGACAGCAAAUGUUGAAAUUACUCAAGAUAAACCUUAUUCAUUGAUUAUCGAAGGAAAGACAUCUAAGGCGAUUUUGGCCAUAGACGAUUUAUUAUUUUUAAAUCAUCCAUGUCCAUCCGAAUCUGUAGAAAAAAUAAACGUAUUGAGAAACUGGAAUAAUGCAGAAGAAUCAGCGACUCGAUGGACAAUUUCAGAAGAAGCAAUCAUUCUUGAAGCAACUGGAAGACGAACAUCCUCUCGUUUACUGAGUCCAUUUUCAUUAGCUGGUGGUAAAUGUUUCCGAUUUGAAUACUUACUUGAUUCACCAUCAUCAUCUUCGAUCAAUAUUGGUUUAAAACACAUAAAAGCUCGUAAUAAAAAACUAUGGACAUCGCUUCAAGAGGGCAAUGAUAAUGAAGGCUAUCAUACUGCUCACAUCUCACUUAUCGCCAACGAGCCAUUUUCAAUCUACAUUGACGGUAUCAUAUCGAAAAACUCAACCGGUUCUAUACAUGUACGACAUAUUACAAUCAUCAAUGGUAUCUGUGGUAUCGAAAAAAUCUCUCAACAACAUUAUCGAUCAAAAAGACAACUACGUGCUUCUAUAAUUGAUUGUGAUUUUGAAAAUGAUUUUUGUGGUUAUACAAAUGCUAGUGGAACAGCCAUUACUUGGAUUAGACAUAAAGGACCACCACCAUCAGUAAAUACGGGACCUUCUUAUGAUCACACAUUUCAAAAUGCCUCUGGUACUUACAUCUACAUUGAAACAUCAUCACCAGCCAAACCGAAUGAUACCGCUCUCUUAAUUAGUCCAACGAUAACACCAACUCAAGAUCAAUCAUGUCUAUCAUUUUGGUACAAUGCUUAUGGAGAAGAUGUUGGAACCCUAAAUGUUUAUUUUCGAAAAGCAAAUAAUUUAGGUUUACCAGUAUUUACAAUGAGCGGCGAUAAAGGGCAUAGCUGGAAUCAAGUACUUCUACAAACGAGUAGAGAACAAUUUGAAUUGGUUUUUGAAGGGAUUGUUGGCAAAAGUUUUUGGGGUGAUAUUGCAAUAGAUGAUGUCGCAUUUACCGACGGAGAAUGUCCUGAAACUAAUCAAAUAAUUUCAUGUGAUUUUGAAUUUUCCAAAUGUGGUUAUGCAGAUGAUCCCAACGCUGAUUUUACAUGGUCAAGACAUGCAGGAACAACAUCGACAGGACAAACGGGUCCUAGUUUUGAUCACACUCUGGGUACUACUUAUGGUCAUUAUAUGCUUUUUGAAUCAUCAACUCCACGAAAGCUCAAUGACACAGCUCGUCUCAUCUCACCUAAACUACAGAUUGAAAGUGUAUCCAAAGAAUAUUGUGUCGAAUUUUAUUACCAUAUGUUUGGUCGGAAUAUUGGCACAUUAAAUGUAUACAUGCAAGAAAAUAAUAUUAUGGGUCAACCAAUUUUUUCCUCACGAUAUGAUCAAGGAGAUCAGUGGGUAAUUGGCCUAGCAUCAUUUAAACCAAAUGAAAAUUUUCAACUGGUAUUUGAAGGCGUCAGAGGAGAUGGAGCAUUAGGAGAUAUUAGUAUUGAUGAUAUCAGUCUUCGUGAUGCACCAUGUACACGUGUGACAGACUGUGAUUUUGAAAGUGAUAAAUGUAUGUGGGUUGUUGAUCAAAACGCAGAAUUACAAUGGAUCAUGAAAAAAAAUGAAUCAAGACCAAAUGGAAACAUACCAAAUGAAGAUCAUACAAUCGGCGACGAUCAGGGUGCAUAUCUUUACAUUAUUCCGACGCCAGCAUCGAAACCACUGGAUCGAGCUCGUUUAACGAGUUCCAUUUUUGAUCCCACUGUUAAUAAGCCGUUGUGUAUGAAAUGGUGGUAUUAUAUGGCAAAUUCAGCACAACAUUUGGGCACAUUAAGUGUUUAUCAAUCUGCUAGUACAACAGCAAAAGAAACAUUGUUAUGGUCAGUUAGUGGUCCACAAUACGAUGAUUGGUUAGAAGGACGAAUACCGGUGAAUUCAAACGAACCGUUCUAUAUUGUUGUUGAAGCUCAAAUUGGUGGUGGAUUUAAUCAAGACUAUGGAAUAUCAAUCGAUGAUAUUACAUUUGACAAUACUCAUUGUACAGCUAAACCACCAUUUGCAUCACCCGAUAUUCAGUCAACAACGUUCAGACCGCCUGUUGAUGGUGCCGUGAGUUGUACAUUUGAAAACGGUUUCUGUGAUUGGAAAAAUGAUUCUACAGGUGAUUUUCAAUGGACAAGACAAAAAGGCGAAACUAUUAGUUUUCAAACUGGUCCACUUGUCGAUCAUACUCUCGGAAAUAAAAAUGGCUAUUACAUCUACAUCGAAACAUCAUUUCCCACCAAUCCUCUAUGGAAGGCACGUCUGAUUAGCACAAGAGUUAGUGCAAAAACAAGUGAUACAUGUCUCGAAUUUUGGUAUUCGAUGUAUGGGGAAGAUAUUAAUCGUUUAUCUGUCUAUGUACGUGCAUUAAAUGAAACAUCACUAAAUGAUUCAAUAUGGGAAAGAAUUGGAAAUAUUGGCAACAGCUGGAAUCGUGCUCGUAUUCAUUUACCACCAGAAAAAGUAAAAACAGACUUUGAAUUUGUUCUGGAAGGUGUAGCAGGAAAUAGUUUCUAUGGUGAUAUUGCCAUUGACGAUAUUUCUUACUUUGACAAUAUUUGCCCACCAGAACCUGCUGAAAUUUCAUGUGAUUUUGAAGUUGACUCGAUUUGUGGCUAUACCAUUACAUCCACAGAUGGCGGUACGUAUAUUUGGCAACGUCAAUCCGGUUCAUUAUCAGGUGGACCCGGCAAUGAUCACACAUAUGGAACACCGUACGGUCACUACAUGUUUACACCGAGUUUUACGUCUGGAUCUAAUGUAGAUGCUAUCAAUACUCAAAUGAAAUCUGUUUCCAUGAAACAGCAUGGAAAAUAUUGUUUACAGUUUUAUUAUUGGAAUGCAAACGGUGUGAGAAAUGUUGAUUUCAAUGUUCGCAUCAUACAAUCGAAUGUACUAAGUGAUAAAUUAUGGAGCACAACAGUUGAACAGGGUUCGCUUUGGAGAAUAGCACGAGUUAAUCUGGAUACAUAUGACCAAUUUAUGGUUGUCUUUGAAAGCCAUUUGAUAACAACAAAUGCUGGGGGUCAUGCAUCUAGUGCUUUGGAUGAUAUUAGUUUAAUACCAGGUGAAUGUACGGGCAUUUUUGAUUGUGAUUUUGAUACUGACUUUUGUACGUGGACAAAUGUGAAAGAUACAUCUGUUCAAAUGCAAUGGACGCUACACGAAGGUUCAACAAGUUCUUCUGAUACUGGUCCAACUCAAGAUCACACAGGUGGUAACGGAAAAUAUGCGUAUAUUGAAACAAGUGCACCAGCGGUAUUCGGUCAAAAAGCCCAUUUAAUAAGUGAAGUAUUUACAUCGAAUAGCACAGAUCCGUUAUGUAUGACAUUUUGGUACCAUGCAUACGGUAGCGAUACGGGCACAUUAAACAUUGAUUCAAAAUAUUUGGGAUCAUCAACGCAACAAGAAUAUGUUUAUCUUUUACUUUGGACAUUGACGGGAGAUCAAGGUAAUCAAUGGAAUGAAGGAAAAGUGACAAUAGCUAGAAAUGGGCCAAUGCAAGUCAUUAUCGAAGGAAUUGUUGGCAAAGGAUUUUUGGGAGAUUUGGCCAUUGACGAUGUUGUAUUUACAAAUGAAGACUGUGGCGUCAAACCCGAUAAAGCGGCACCAAGUGAUCAAACAACAGUUAAUUGUGGAUUUGAAAAAGAUUUUUGUGCAUGGAGACCAGCUGAUCCAGCAGGAACACCGAAUACGUUUCCAUGGACAAGACAUCAAGGAAGCACAGAUAGUUUAAAUACGGGACCAUCCACAGACGCCAAUGGAGAAUCUGAUGGCUGGUAUAUUUACAUCGAAACAUCCUAUCCGCAACUACCUGGUGAUAAAGCAAGAAUUAUCAGUCCACCUUUAAGCUCAACGAAUUCGUCGUGGAAGUUUGCACGUGUAUAUGUAACAAAAACGAAUCCACAAAUUGUAAUCGAAGCUGUUGUUGGCCGCGGUAUGCAGGGAGAUAUUGCUAUUGAUCGCACUAUGUGGACUGAUCAACCAUGUCCGCCUAAUCCUCCCUCAGUUUCAUGUGACUUCGAAGAUGCGGAUAUUUGUUCAUACAAACAUGAUGAUACCGCUAAUUUUAAAUGGGAGCGUCAUUCCGGUGAAACAAGCUCAGAUGAUACAGGACCAAGUAUUGGUGAUCAUACAACAGGAACAAAACACGGUUACUAUAUGUACAUUGAAACAAGUGGAGCCGUCCAGGAAAAUGAAACAGCUCGUUUGAUAUCACCAUCAAUUGAACUUUCAUCGUCAAGAUGUUUUCGUUGGUAUUAUCAUAUGUAUGGUGCAACUAUUAACACACUCAAUGUUUAUGUUAUCGAUGAUGGUCAGCAACCACCAUACACUGAUCCAAAAUGGCAAAUAAAAUAUGAUCAAGGCAAUCAAUGGUUUCUUGGACAAAUUGAUUUAUUGGCAGGAAAAAAUUCUCAGAUCAUUUUUGAAGGUUUAGCUGGAAAGUCAUGGACUGGCGAUAUAGCGAUUGAUGACACACAGCUAUUGAAUUCGUCGUGUCCCCAUUUGGGCGAUUGUAAUUUUGAAGAUAAAGACUUCUGUAGCUGGAUAUCUGUCAAAGAUACUAAUCAAAUUCAGUUAGAAUGGAUUUUACAUCGCGGUGACACACCGAGUUUUGCAACCGGACCAUUAGUUGAUCAUACUAUUGGUACAGCUGCCGGUCAAUACGCAUUUAUCGAAGCAAGUUCUCCAGCUAUUCAAGGAGAUAGAGCUCGUUUGUUGAGUCUCCCAUUGGAUAUUUCUGAUGAUUAUUGUUUUGAAUUUUGGUAUCAUAUGUAUGGAGUAGGUAUUGGAACACUGAACAUAAUUUCAUCCGUUCUAACUCCCGGUGGUACAUUGUCAUCGAGUGAGAAAAUACUUUGGUCACUUACGAGUGAUCAAGGAGGAAAUAUAUGGCAUCAAGGACAUGUUUUUAUAUCCGAGCCAAGUAAAUAUCGUCUGAUUAUGGAAGGAACAGUAGGUAGUAGUUAUGACGGGGAUAUAGCCAUAGAUGAUAUUGUAUUUCAAACAAUUCCAAGUUCUUCUUGUCCAUUGAAACCAUAUUAUGCGCAACCCGGUUAUGUAACUACAUUGCAUCCAUUGUCGACAACGCCGUCUACCUCUAAACCGCCCGUGACAUCAACCUUAGGCACUUUUGAUUGUACAUUUGAAUCAAACGAAUGUGGAUGGACAAAAGAUCCAACAGGAGAAUUAUCGUUUAACCGAGUACAAGGUUCAUCAGCUGUCGCAAAUGGAGGUCCACAAGGGGAUAAUACACUUGGAUAUGGAUCUUAUAUAUCAGUGAACACAAUUCCAAGUCAACAAGAUGAUAAAGCUCGUCUUAUCUCGCCAAUUAUAGCACGAUCGACCGAAUCGCAUAACUGCUUUUCAUUUUAUUAUUAUAUGAAUGGUGACGGUGUUGAAGCUCUCAAUUGGUAUAUACAAGUCGGUUCAGACUUACCAUCAACUCCUACAUCUACAUUUCAAGGUUCAUUUGGAGUAGUAUGGCAUCGUUAUAUUGUAAAUUUAUAUAUACCAUCAAAAAUUACAUUUAAAAUUGUUUUUGAAGCUGUGGCUAAACCAGGAAGCAUUGGUAUUAUAGGUCUUGAUGAUAUUGUAUUAGCAAAUGAACAUUGUUCAAGUUCAACAUGCGAUUUCGAAGAUCCAUCGUUAUGUGGUUAUACACAUGAUCCUUCAGCUGACUUUAAAUGGGAAAGAUCCAGGGGUGGAACAAUAAGCUCAUUCACUGGUCCAUCAAUCGAUCACACUCUCGGAACCAAUAUGGGUCAUUAUUUAUAUAUUGAAUCAUCCUUUCCACAAGUCACUGGCCAUGUCGCAAGAUUACUGAGUCCACCAUUGACCGAUCGCCAUUGUGUGACAUGGUACUACCAUUUUUAUGGAAAUGAUUUAGGUGACUUGAACAUACGUGUAAGAAAAACGUCAGAUGGAGCCCUUGGUAAUAUACUAUGGCAAAUGAGUAAACAGAAUUUGGGUGAUCGUUGGAAUGUAGGCAAAAUGACAAUUGAAAAUGUCAACGGAGAAUAUCAAGUUGUUUUCGAAGGAACAACGGGUUUAUCAUUCACUGGAGAUAUUGCUAUUGAUGAUGUUAAUAUUGAGCCACGUUCAUGUCAGCCAUUGGGCUACUGUGAUUUCGAAUCGGAACCAUCAACGUGCACCUGGGAAAAUGUCCAAUCUACUGAUCAGUUUGAUUGGGAGAUAGGUACUGGACGAACACAUACUCAUGGAAAUCACACAUUUGAAUCGUUGGAUGGCCACUAUGCUUAUAUUGAAACGGAACCACCUCGCCUACCUGGAGAAGAGGCAUGGUUAGAAAGUCACAUAUUACAACCAACGGACGGACAAUGUAUACGUUUCUGGUAUCAUCUGAACGGAGCACAUGUGUUACAAGUUGUAUUGAGACCAUAUCCAGAACAAAGCGGAACAAACGUCACAUUAUGGGCACAAGAUGGCGAUAAAGGAAGUCAGUGGUUAUAUGGUCAAGUUGGCUUUGUUGAAGGCACAAAAGUUUUCAGGAUUAUUUUUGUUAGCAUUCGCGGCUCAAAUUAUAAUGGUGAUGUAUCAUUGGAUGACAUUUCGUUUUCUGAUGGUGUGUGUGGUUCACAACCUCUCGAUUCGUUACCAUCCACCCUUGCUAGUACUCCAUCACCCGUCACAGCACAGCCACCACCACAUGGUUCACUGAAUUGUACAUUUGAGGAAAAUACAUGUCUAUGGUACAACGAUACCAUCGUCGAGUUUGCCUGGACAAGACAUAGGGGUGACACGCAAAGUAUGGAUACAGGACCAGUAAUCGACCACACCACAGGAACUGGAAACGGAUCAUACAUGUACAUUGAAACAUCGUUACCAAGACAAGAGGGUGAUCGUGCUCGAUUAGUCUCACCAAUUGUAAUUAACUCGGAUGAUGGUGAUUGUCUCAAUUUUUGGUAUCAUAUGUACGGCUCUGAUAUUGGAACUUUGAAUGUACGUCUAAUAAGUGGGGAUGUGCUUUCGCAACCCAUCUGGUCAAAAUCAAAAGAAAUCGGAAGUGCUUGGUUAGAAGCUUACGUCUAUUUCAAUACAAGCGUACCCAGAUAUCAAGUCGUUUUCGAAGGAGUAGCAGGAGGUUGGUUUGGAGAUAUUGCGAUUGAUGACGUUUCAAAUUUUCCGGGUGCCUGUCCAUCGGUAAUGCACGACGGAGAAGUGAUUGAUUAUUGCAACUUUGAAUCUACUGGUCUUUGUAAUUACACACAUGAUGCUACCGCACAGUUUGAGUGGACACAACAUCAAGGUAGUACCGACUCAGUGGAAACAGGUCCUCAAGCAGAUGUUACUUACGGAACAAUAUUUGGUCAUUAUAUGUACAUCGAAACAAGCACCGAACCCAACGGUGAUAAAGCUCGCCUUAUUUCACCGCCAUAUCAACAUCCGAAUAGCACAGCUACACUCUGUGUAGACUUUUUUUAUCAUAUGUAUGGAACAUCAGUUGAAACAUUAAACGUCAUCAGAGAAUUCAAUGGUGAUCGACAAACUAUUUGGACUGAAUCAUCUAAUCAAGGAAAUCGUUGGAUAAAUGGUCAUGCGCCAAUAUCUCCCGUAGCAGGGCCAUUUCACAUAAUUUUUGAAGCCAUUUCUGGAAGGAGUGUUACUGGUGAUAUUGCCAUUGAUGAUGUUCGAAUUCGAACUGGUUCAUGUGGACGAGAACAUGGUGAUUGUGAUUUUGAACGUGGGUUAUGUGACUGGACGAAUUCUGACAAGAACACACAAUUUAAUUGGUUAUUACACCAAAGCUGUACACCACCAUGUGGAAGUUUGUCAUCAGUAGAUCAUACGACAAAUUCAACAAAUGGAAAAUAUAUGGUCGCUAAGUCAGAUUUACAGUACGAAAACGACAAUGCAAGAUUAGUGAGCGUUGUAUUUAAACCGGGAAAACGAUGUCUUACAUUUUACUAUUACAUGGCUGGUACAAAACGUGGCUCUCUCCAAGUUGGUACAUCUAAUUUAGAUCAAACAAAAUUUGAUAUUCAAUGGAAACUAACAGAUGCGCCGAAUCAGCAGUGGAAUAAAGGUGUCGUAAAACUUGGUGAUGAUGCAAGUCAAUGGAAUAUUAUCAUUGAAGCUAUUGUAGGCGAAGACUAUUAUGGCGCUAUCGCGAUUGACGAUAUUUUAUUUGAUACAAGUAAUACGGCUUGUAUAACAGAGCCAAUUGAGGCAAGCAUGGAAUAUAAUACAUCACCCAAACCACCGACUACACCAUCAAGUGCUGUACCAGGUUACGAUUGUACAUUUGAACAAGAUAUUUGUGGUUGGAAACAGGGAGCAAAUGCCACAGCCGACUGGAUUCGAGAACAAGCAACUGCAAACAUAUUAGCAGGUUUCGUUGGUCCGUCAAACGAUCAUACAUUAGGAACCGACUUAGGAUAUUACUUGUUAGCUCAAAUGGAUUACGUUGAUUUCUACGAUAUUGGUAUAGCACAAUUAAUGAGUCCUCCUAUACAAGGUUCUGUUCGAUCAUGUUUGAGUUGGUGGUAUCAUAUGCAUGGAUCAGAUGUAUCAAAUUUAACUGUUUAUUACUAUGAAUCAUCAAUGAAUCAGUUUCACCCUAUAUGGCUCCGUAGAGGAGAUCACGGUGAUUUCUGGCAACAUGCUCAAUGGCAACUGGAAGGUGAUGUAUCAACAACAAUGAUCACACAUAUCAUGUAUGAAGUUGUAUCAGAGUGGUCUGUACUGUCAACCAUUGCUGUCGAUGAUCUUCAACUUCGCUAUGGUGAUUGUAUUAAUCCUGGUUUCCAUAAUAUAACAUGUACUUUUGAAGAAGCACACAUCUGUGGUUACACAUCAGAUCCCACAGCAAAUUUUGCAUGGAAAAGAGCUCAAGGUUCAACCCUCUCUGACGAAACGGGUGCCAGUACUGAUCACACAUUGGGUACACAAAAUGGACAUUUUAUGUACAUUGAAGCGUCACUACCUCAAAAACCUAAUGAAGUUGCUCGCUUAGUUUCAAUUUAUGAGCAACCGGAUGACGGUUUAUGCUUGGAAUUUUGGUAUCAUCAAUAUGGUGAAGAUAUUGGAACGUUAAAUGUUUAUAUCGAAACAAAUCAAACAGGCACAUCAAAAGCAUUAGUAUGGAGUCGUAGUUCAAACGUUGGAGAUAUUUGGAGAAAAGCGCGUAUAUCCACAGAAUAUUCUGCACCAUUUCGUAUUAUAUUCGAGGGUAUUGUUGGACGAAGCUUCAGAGGUGAUAUAUCAUUGGAUGAUAUUUCUCGAUUACCGACGGCUUGUCGUGACCCAAAUAGUUGCGAUUUUGAAAACCAUGAUUUUUGUGGGUGGAUGAAUGUUGAUAAUACCGAUCAGUUCGAUUGGGAAAUACAGAAAGGUCCAACCGAUUCCAUUUUCACAGGUCCUACAGUGGAUCACACACUUGGCACUAGCGAAGGACGAUAUGCAAUGAUCGAAACAUCACAUCCAAGAAAAGAGAACGAUACAGCGUUUUUAUUGUCACAAUCGAUGCCCGAUACAGGAGCAAAUGGAAUGUGUAUGCAAUUUUAUUAUCAUAUGUAUGGUGAAGAUGUUGGUGCAUUGACCGUACAUAUGCGUCCACAAGGAUUUAAUAUGCAACCGAUGUGGAUUAUGUACAUGGAUCAAGGAGAAAAUUGGUACCAAGGACAAGUUGGUUAUACAAUAAGUAUUGAUCAUUCACUUGUUCUCGAAGGAAAAGUUGGACCAGCAUUCAUGGGUGAUAUAGCCGUUGAUGAUAUAUCUUUUACAAAUGGAUAUUGUCCAAUUCAUCCGACAAUUGCUCAGCCUAUAGCACCCUUAACAACUCCAACACCUUCACCGACAACUCCAACUACCACUCAGCCAUUUGUACCAUCAAAAUACGAUUGCAAUUUCGAGUUGGAUUCUUGUACAUGGACAACACCAACGACAGGUGAACUCACUUGGAGUCGUGCGCAAGCAAUAACUGCCGGUGGUGUAAAUCCAAUUAUCGAUCAUUCUCUCUUAAACGGACAAGGCUAUUAUUUGAUGUUAAACACAUCAGAAAAAAUAUCAACGGAUCAAGCAGAAGCUCACUUUAAAAGUGACACAAUGACGGUGAAUAAAGCGUGUUUAGAGUUUUGGUAUUUUAUGUAUGGUAAUCAUGUAGGAAAAUUAACGGUAACUAAAUCAGCCGAUAUGUUUUUACAAACACGAUGGUCGACAGAAAAUUCAAAAGAUUAUCAAUGGUAUCAUGCACAAGUCAAUCUUGAAUCAUCAGUGAAUCUAAAAUCAUAUAUGAUUUCAUUUGAUGCCACAUGGACACCAAAUAAUCAUGGUUCCAUUGCGAUUGACGAUAUUACUGUUCACAACGGUUCAUGUAUGACCACACCCGAUUUUUGUGAUUUCGAUAUAGAUGAUAGCAUAUGCGGUUACAUAAAUGAUCCAUCAGCUGAUUUUAAUUGGCAACGUGGACUAGCAGAAGCUGUGCAACAAGGUCCAAAUCCAAAUAUUGACCAUACAACUCAGUCAAAUCAAGGAUACUACAUGUUUGUCGAUGGAACAAUCAAUACACACAAAGAAAAUGAUCGCGCACGAUUGAUGAGUCCCGUACAAGAACGUACAUCUGGAUCAUGUGUUCAUUUCUGGUAUUUUCAGCAUGGUAUUCAACUAAGUACAUUUAAUUUUUACAUUCAACAAGCGAAUCAGUUAGGACCAAUGCUUUGGUCACAAGAUGGAAAUCUUGGAAAUAAAUGGAAUUAUGCACAAAUUAACAUUAACAGUCCAACAAAUACCUGGAGAGCUGUAUUCGAGGCCGUUCAAGGUAUAGGAUCACAAGGAAGUAUUGCACUGGAUGAUGUGAGUAUUACUCGUGGAACAUGUCCAAAACCGGGCGAUUGUACAUUUGAAAUUGACAUGUGUGGAUGGACUAACUCCCGUGAUACAAACGAAAUAGAUUUUGAAUGGAUAGUUGGUGAUGGUGUACAUUCAUGGGGAACAGGACCUUUAUUAGAUCAUACAACCAACACAGCACAGGGAAAAUACAUUUAUAUCGAAGCAUCUGCCCCUGCUCAACCAGGUUGGAAAGCACGUUUAUACAGUAUGUUACUUGAUAGUACUAAUUCCCAAGCAAAUUGUCUUCGAUUUUAUUAUCACAUGUAUGGUUCUGAUAUUGGUACACUGAAUAUUUAUUUAACAAACGGUACAGAAACUCGACUGUGGUCUUUAUCAGGUAACCGUGGAAAUGAAUGGUACGAGGCCCAAGUAUCGUACACAAUCAGUGCUGUGCAUCAAAUAAUUAUCGAGGGAAUACGCGGAAAAGAUUUUCUAGCUGACAUAAGUGUUGAUGACAUUACAUUUUCUAUGAGUGAUUGUGCGAUUCGACCAAUUGAAGCAUCUCCAAGCGCCGUCACCACUGGACCGCCAUCUCUUACAUCAAGCUCCACGCAACGACCAAUUUUACCACCACAAUCGCAAUGGGACUGUAAUUUUGAAAAUGCGACACUGUGCACAUGGAAACAAGAUCAAACUGUUGAAUUCUUGUGGCAGCUACAUCAAGGCGGCACAGCAACAGGCAGCACUGGACCGUCGGUUGAUCACACAUUGGGUACUGCAAGCGGAUGGUAUUUGUUUAUGGAGGCCGGUUGGCCGCAAAAGGCGGGUGAACGUUGUCGAGUUGUGUCUGAAAACGUACAAGGAGAUCGAUGUCUCGAGUUCUGGUAUCACAUGUACGGAAUGGAUAUUGAUACGUUAAACGUCUAUAUUCAACAAAAUGGACAGAUAGGUAAACCUGUAUGGACAAGAUCGAGAAAUCAAGGCAAUCAGUGGAUUAAAGGACAAUAUCGAAUUCAAAUGAUUUCAAAUAGUUAUAAUAUUGUGUUUGAAGGAGUAGUAGGAAAAUAUAGCCUAGGAGACAUCGGUAUUGAUGAUAUCGUGGUAUAUAAUACAUGUCCGCAGGAAACUGCUCGGCUCUGUUCAUUUGAAGACUCGGCCUUAUGUGGCUAUCAAAACGUGAAUUCGCAGUAUAAUUGGAUACAGGCAGAUGGUCUUUCUCCGUUAACAACACAGUUUGGUCCGAAUAUAGACCAUACGGAUGGUACUACUAAUGGUCAUUUUAUGAUUGUUGAUCUCAGGUCCUCAUCUGCUAACAUAAUCGACAAUCGAGCCAGACUGAUAACGCCUGUCAUCGUUCCGAAUGGAGAACAAUGUAUUGAGUUUUAUUAUUAUGGUAAUGGUGACAUUCUCAGUGCAGGCUCAAGUUUGAAUGUUUACUUGCGAUCACCAUCGACAAAUGUAUCUGGCUAUCUUAUCUGGUCAAAACAUCUGCCAAUUGAUCGUACAUGGCGAAUAUCUCAACAACGUGUUCCACAUGGUCUCACUUUAUCUCCAUUUCAAGUUGUAUUCGAAAGUGUUAUAUACAAGACGACUACAAAUCCAUCUAUUGCCAUCGACGAUGUGUACAUACGAGAUAGAGCAUGUGGUGAAGCAGGUGAUUGCGAUUUUGAAAAUGGGUUAUGUACAUGGUCAAGUUUAUUUUUGUUAGCAAAUGCAAGCUGGAUAAUUGGCAGUGGAUCAGCUCCAGCACCUUAUAAUGGUCCUUCAACUGAUCACACACACGGCUCUUCAACUGGACAAUAUCUGAUCAUGAGUUCAACAUUCACGAAUAAAGAAUCAGUUGUGGCUGUCAUUCAAAGUGAAACAUUCUCACCCACAUCAGUCGUCGGUCGGUGUAUAACGUUUUGGUUUUAUAUAAGAGGAACUCAACUUGGACAACUUGAUGUUAAUAUAACAAAUAGUAAAGAAACAAUAAUGAUCUGGUCGCAGGGAUACGCAGAUCUUAGCGAUCAAUGGCAUUUUGCAUCUGUUGGAUUCUAUAUGGAUGAUGACUACAAUGUUGAUAUUGAGGGUAGCAUGAAUUCACAAACACAAGGAUAUUAUGCAAUUGAUGAUAUUGAUUUUCGUGAUGGUUAUUGUGGUGUUAGUCCGCCAGGAGCAGCGGUUCAACAUUUGACAACACCGUCAACUGUCACACGUCCACCAUUGAGUACACAAGUGCCAUCGGUAUACGACUGUACAUUUGAAACUGGUUAUUGCUUAUGGUCACAUAGCAAUAGUACAUUAAACUGGACAAGAUAUCAAGGAUCAACGGACACAUUUGAAACAGGACCAACAUUCGAUGUUACAACAGGAACAGGCACAGGAUGGUAUAUAUAUAUGGAAACAUCCUAUCCAGCAACGAUAAAUGAUUCAGCACGUCUUCAAUCAAUGGUCAUGAGUGGCGCACAAAAAUGUUUUGAAUUUUGGUAUCACAUGUAUGGACCAGAUGUUAAUAGAUUAAAUAUCCUAGUAUUAAACUCAUCAAAUGAUGAACGUAUUGUUUGGUCUCGUGAAGGUCCACAAGGAAAUGUUUGGCGUUUUGGCAAAGUAAAACUAAAUGUUCCUGAUAUGUACUCGAUCAUGGUCGAAGGUAUCAGAGGUCUUGAUUUUCAAGGAGAUAUUGCUCUUGACAAUUUGGCAGUUGUCGAUGGUGCAUGCCCAUCUGAUUAUUCAUUUGAGUGUGAUUUUGAUGAUGAACAGAUCUGUGGUUUCUAUCAUGACACAACAGCUGACUAUAGAUGGACUAGACAUAAGGGUCAUACAUCAAGCUAUUCAACAGGACCAAGUGUUGAUCAUACAACCAACUCAGUCAAUGGUUACUAUAUGUACAUCGAAGCAUCAGAUGGUCAGAAACAAGGUCAAAAGGGCCGUUUAAUAUCGCCAUGGUUCAAUGUUACUAAUGGAGGUCAAUGUUUAUCAUUUUGGUAUCAUAGUUACGGUGCGGACAUCGGAGCAUUGACGGUUUAUCAAAAAAUGUCAUCUACUGAUGAUAUGUAUCCGAAAUGGAAAGUUAACUACAAUUUUGGUGACCAGUGGAAUGCGGCUACAGUUAAUAUUUAUCAAACGCUUGAAUUUUGGGCGGUCGUCUUUGAAAGUGAAUUUGGCUCAGGAUUUGAAGGUGAUCUAGCUUUGGACGAUGUUAUUAUUAAAGAUGGUCUGUGUCCUAAAUUGGGUACAUGUGACUUUGAACAAAUCGAUUUUUGUACAUGGCAUAAUGUGAGAGAUUCAAAAUUCGAUCAAUUCGAUUGGUUAGUGGGACACGGUCAAACGGAUUCAUCAUUUACAGGACCAACAACUGAUCACACGAACAAUGAUCAAUUUGGAUAUUAUGCAUUUGUGGAGGCAUCUGCUCCUCGAGAAACGGGUGAUAAAGCGUGGUUAGAAUCAACGGUGUUAUUACCAACAUCUUCGAUCGGUUCAUGCUUUUCAUUUUGGUAUCAUAUGUACGGCGAGGAUAUUGGUUUAUUAAACAUUUACGUAAAUGGUACACGAUCAAAACAACCAUUGUGGAUAUGGACACAAAAUGGAGAUAAAGGAGAUACAUGGAGAAAUGGACAAGUUACUGUUCAAUCAAGUGCAUACUAUCGAUUAUUAAUUGAAGGCGUCAUCGGUGAGUCAUUCAUUGGUGAUAUUGCAAUCGAUGAUCUUCAAAUAUUUGAUAAUCCUUGCACACUGACACCGUCGGAUGCUAAUCCGGCCGAUAUUCCUCCGACGACAACCUCAACCAGGCCACCUGUUACCGUUAAACCACUAGGAAAAUAUGACUGUACAUUUGAAAACGAUACAUGCUCAUGGUCAAAUACAGCUGGUAAUAAUUUUGACUGGACACGGGUUCAAGGACCAACAGGUUCAUCGAUAAUGGGACCAACUGUGGAUCAUACAACUGGAGCCAAGGAUGGUUGGUAUAUGUUUGUUGAUUUAUACCAGAAAGCACCAAAUGCAUUUGCAAGAUUACAAGGUCCUUUGUUGACCGAAUCACAGUGCAUGACAUUCUAUUAUCAUAUGUACGGACAAGGAGGACUAUUAAUGAUUUAUAUGGCUAUUCAAGAUCAAUUAGGCGUUCCAAUAUGGAUACGACAAGGUACACAAGGUGAUGUAUGGAGGUAUGGACGAGUAACGAUAACAAAAGAUAAUGCGAACGUUGUUUUCGAAGCUGUUGCUGGAGCAGGUGCAAGCGAAACUAUUUCACUAGAUGAUAUUUAUUUUGUUAAUGGUGCAUGUAAGGAAAGUAGUGCUAUUGGUGAAUCGUGUACAUUUGUUGAUCCUCAAGCUUGUGGUUUUACACAAAAUGGUACAUCAUCAGCUCUAUCAUGGAGCACACAUAACGGUGGUGGUCGUGCACCGGCACCGAUUCUGCCUGAUCAUACAACAAAUACUAAUCGUGGUGCGUACGUGUACGUUGACUUCGAUAAUAAACUGGAAAAUUUACAUGCACGUUUACAAUCACCCUUUUAUCAACCAGCUGUAUUAAAUCAAUCGAAAUGUUUAGAAUUUUAUUUUGUUAUAAGUGGAUCAGAUUCAAACACACUCAAUGUUAAUCAAGAAAGUAUAACAGGUACAAAACGUUUAUUAUUCACACGAUCAAAUGAUCAUGGAUUCAUGUGGAACAAAGCUGAGAUAAACAUACCGAUCGUAGCAACAGCAAAUCAGUUCCAAAUUGUAUUAGAAGCUGUUAGCGGAAAUGGGCGCACUGGUUUAAUCGCUUUAGACGAUUAUCUACUCAGAGAUGGAGAUUGUUCACUUCAAGGUGAUAUAUGCACAUUUGAUAGUGGUGAUAUGUGUGCUUGGAAAAAUGCAGGAAUCAAUAAUCUCCAGUGGGAGUUAAAUAAAGGACAAACAAUAAGUAGCAGUACAGGGCCGGAUUCAGAUCAUACAACGGAGACAAAAGAUGGCUACUAUAUUUAUAUUGAAACAUCAGUACCAGCUGAAAUGGGUGAGAAAGCACGGCUCGAGUCCGAAAUGUUGUUUGAUACAAGAUCAAAAUGUGUAACUUUCUGGUAUCACAUGUAUGGUGUUGAUAUUGAUACAUUAAAUGUCUAUAUACGUAGCUAUAGUGCAGUAAACGGUAGCGAAACAGUUAUUUGGCGAUUGAAAGGACCACAAGGUCGUGCUUGGAAACAUGGUUUGGCACCAAUUACACCAACCGGAAAAUAUCAGAUUAUAUUUGAAGCUAUACGAGGAAAAGGAUACGACGGAGACAUUGCCUUAGAUGAUAUUGGUGUUAUGACGACAGACGUGUGCACAGUUCAACCAAUAGAUGCAGAUUCAUUUCAAGUAUCACAAGAAGCAGUUUCCUGCGGAUUUGAACGAGAUGUUUGUCAGUGGCAAUUUGAUCCAACGGCGCAGUUUAACUGGACGAGACAUACCGGAGAAACAUCAAGUGUUGGCACUGGACCGAGUACAGGCGCUGACAAUACACCAUAUUAUCUGUACAUGGAAGCAAGCUAUCCAAAUAACUAUGGUGAUCGUGCUGGUCUCAUAUCGCCAACACUACCUAAACCUAAAAAUGUGCAAUUUUGGGAACGAAAUGGAACACAAGCGAAUGAAUGGCGAGUAGGACGAAUAAAUUUAAGGAAUAUUGGAUCGGAUUAUUAUUUAAAAAUUGAUGGUUACGUUGGAGGAUUUGAAGGUGACAUUGGUAUAGAUGAACUAGCGUUACUCGAAGAAGAGUGUCCACCACCAACAGAAUGUGAUUUUGAAACAUCUUAUUGUGGAUGGACAAACGACACAACAGCUGAUUUCUAUUGGACUCGAGCUCAAAAGGAAACGCUGUCGUCUGGUACAGGACCAUCAGCUGAUCAUACUACUCAGUCACCACAUGGAUUUUACUUGUUCAUUGAAACAUCCAGUCCUCAACUAGAGGGAGAUAAGGCACGAAUUGUAAGUCCAAAAUAUCCAGCGCAAUCUUCGAUUUGUCUCAAAUUCUGGUAUCAUAUGUAUGGAAACACCAUUGGUACAUUAAAUGUGAUGAUUUAUGAUACAAAACAGUUAUUAUGGACAAAAAGUGGUAAUCUUGGAAAUCGUUGGCGUUAUGGUCAUGUGACAGUGAAAAGCAGUAGUCAAUUUCAGAUUGCUUUUGAAGGCGUUGUUGGCAAAAGUUUUGAUGGAGAUAUUGCUAUUGAUGAUAUUUAUUUACAAAAUGGACAGUGUGAAACAGACGGUAGUUGUGAUUUUGAACAAGGUUAUUGUGGUUUUUAUAAUACUCAACAACAAGGUGAGGAUGAAUUUGAUUGGUUAAGACAACGGGGCGGUACAACGUCAUACGAAACUGGGCCAAGUGUGGAUCACACCACGGGUACAAUUGCUGGAUACUAUGUAUUCAUUGAAGCCAGCGCUCCACAAAAACCAGGCGAGAAAGCCUGGCUGGUCAGCGAAGUUUUGGAAUCACCAAAAGGUGCAUGUUUGGAAUUUUGGUAUCAUAUGUAUGGAAACACAACUGGCAGUUUGUCUGUUUAUUAUCGAAUUACGACUCAAAACCGAACGUCGUUAUGGUCUAUGCAGGGUGAUCAAGGAAAUAAAUGGAUUUUUGGUCAAGUAGAUAUACCAACAACGACGGCUGAUCAUUACGAGUUUAUAUUCGAAGCUGUUAUUGGCUCUGGAUAUGAAUCUGACAUUGCCUUGGACGAUAUUAAGUUGACGCAGGGUGGUUCUUGUGCCUAUUUUGCAUCGACAACACAAGCACCCGUUACUGCGCAACCAACAUUAUAUGAAUGUGAUUUUGAACAAAAUAAUUUAUGCAAUUGGCAAACUGAGACAACAGAGACGAAUGUGUGGAAAAGACAAAACGGUCAAAGUGCACAAUUUGGAAAAUCACCGUUAACAGAUCAUACCAAACAGAAUGUGUACGGUCAUUACAUUUAUGUGGGUAUCGAAGGAACAGGAGGACCACCUCAAACAUCAACAAUUCGUUCAUCACCACUACAUGGCACCGCUUCGUCAUUUUGCUUUGAUUUUUGGUAUCAGUCGUACAUUUCGUCCGAUACAACGCUAAAUAUUUAUUCAAGAAAUGUAACUGGUGCACAACUCUUAUGGCGUAGACCUGGUACAACUGCCAGUGAUAAGUGGACUCAUGGAACAGUCAGUAUCAGUAUGGCGCAGGGAGCGAUAAUUGAAAUAGCAGUGGUUGCUGUGCCACGAUCGACGGGAUAUGUGGCACUUGAUGACUUAAAAUUUCUGAUUGGUACAUGUCCGACAGUAACAGUCUGCGAUUUUGAAGAUCCAUCCAUCUGCGGUUAUCAAAAUGAUAUUACAGGCAAAUUCACCUGGACUAGACAAUCGGAUAUAACGGAUGUUUUCUUCUUAGAUCAUACAUAUCAAACAAACACUGGGCACUAUAUGUAUAUUGAAUCAAGCUCACCUCAGUUAACGGGUGACAAGGCACGCCUCAUCUCACCCGAUUAUCCGACUGUCGCAGGUGGUUCUUGUUUACAAUUUUUCUAUCAUAUGUGGGGACCUACAACAGGUAGUCUCAAUGUAUAUCUAUGGUCCCAAAAUGUUCAGCAAACAAUCCCAUUAUGGAGUCUAGGUGGUGAUCAAGGUAACCGUUGGCGUCCGGCCAAAGCUACAAUAUUGACAGCAGAUAAAUUUCAAGUGAUGUUUGAAGGUGUUGUGGGCACAAGUUUUACAGGUGAUAUAUCGAUUGAUGAUGUAUCGAUAACAGCAGGUGCAUGCACGCCCAAUGGUCAAUGUAAUUUUGAAAAUGAUUUAUGUACAUGGACACCAUCGGCUGGCACAACACACUUUUCAUGGUAUCGUUUAACAGCUCAACAAUUAAGUCUUAUUUACAGUGGGACGAAUGUACCAAUAAAAGAUGUAACAAUCGGCACACAAUAUGGUCAUUUCUUGUGGGCAGGAUCAAAUUACGGAAUGAAUAUUGCCAAUCAAACAUCAUCGUUACAUUCAGAAAUUUUACUCGCAUAUGAAUAUCCGUCUGGUGCUUGUUUCGUGUUCAAUUAUUUCCUCACUGGUUCACAUAUGAUCAAUGUAAUGAUGCGAUACAGAACUUUAGUUGACGGCAAUUAUAGACCAAAUGCAACUCUCUUAUGGACGGUAGAGAAUGAUCAAGGAAAUUCAUGGCACCGACAAUCAAUUGAUAUAUCAACAGUCUAUGAUAAUUUUGAGAUUCAUAUUGAUGGACAUUUUCGCGAGGGACAAGCUGGUUCUAUCGCACUAGAUGAAUUGUUUAUGUAUCCAACCAGUUGUUCAGCUGUGGCAACAACACCAGCACCAACUGGUAAUUUUGAAUGUGGAGAUGGAACAAUCGUACUGAAUUCACAAGUUUGUAAUUUCAUCAAAGAAUGUGCUAAUGGUCAUGAUGAAGAGGUGUGCGCCGAUUGCACAUUUGAGCAAGAUCAAUGUCGUUGGUUAGAUCAAAGUUUUGGAUCAUUCGCAUGGAAAAGAGGUCAGGGUUUCACCGCAUCACAAAAUCAUAGUGGACCAACUGUUGAUCAUACCACUCAUACAAGCCGGGGUUACUAUAUGUACGUCGACUCGGCUACUGGUACGAUUUGGGAUGAAGGCAUCUUGGAGCUUCAACAAAUACUUCAGCCAUCAAGUUCCACUUGUGAAUUAGAAUUUUAUUAUCAUUUAUUGGGUGAUGAUUAUCAAUUUUUAUCUGUUCAUUUGAAAGAAAACGAAGAUAGUAUCGAUAUCUGGGAACAAUUCGAAGAUCAAGGUGAUCAAUGGGUUCGUGUUUUGUUACCACUUGGUCGCAUAUCAAGACCAUGGUCGAUACAAUUUUUGGCUGAAAGUGGUUUUGGCGAUGGAAAUGUGGCUAUUGAUGAUGUAAAACUGGUCGGUUGUCAGUUUCCACCAGAACGACCAACAUGUCCCGACGGAUAUUUUCGCUGUCAACGCGGCGCCUGUGUACAAAUGAAUCGUGUAUGCGAUUUCAGUGACGAUUGUGGGGAUAAUUCAGAUGAAAUUAAUUGUAAAUCGUAUACAAUGUGUAAUUUCGAAGAACAAGCUUUUUGCUCGUGGACACAAGAACUCGACAAUAACCUCGAUUGGGAACUAAAUGAUGGGCCAACAACGAGUUUUCAAACUGGACCAAAACGAGAUCAUACAUUAGGCUUGCCAAGCGGACAUUUCAUAUUUUUGGAAUCUUCUCACCCUGCUGAACAAGGAGACAGAGCUCGUGUCGCGUCGCCUGUUUUCAAUAAUUCUGGUGGCUGUGAAUUCCGAUUUUUCUAUCAUUUGUAUGGUGAAGAUAUUGGAGCAUUAAACGUUUAUACACGUACAACUGUUGGGGGUUCAAUGAAUAAAGUUUGGUCGAAAGAUUACGAAGUCGGCGAUUUUUGGGUUCGUGCCGAUGUUCGUCUGUUCGUCAGUGAACCCUUUCAAGUCGUUUUAGAAGCUAUUGUGGGCAAAGGUUACGCCGGCGACAUUGCCGUUGAUGAUACAUCAUUCACGCCGGAAUGUAGUUUGGGUAAUGUAGGUUUGGUGACUGUAACAACACAACCAACGACAAUUACACCUAAUCCAUGUCAACCAAACGAGUUUUUAUGUAUUGAAAAUCGACAAUGUAUCAAUGGCACAUUAGUUUGUGAUUUCAAAAAAGAUUGUUUGAACGGUAGUGAUGAGGCCGCCUGUGGUACAUGUAAUUUUGACCAACAACAGUGGUGUGGAUGGCGAUCAGUUGGCUUUUCGGAAUACGACUGGACACUUGGAACAGGCAAAGCGCCAAGUGGGCAAGGUCCGGACGUAGAUCAUACGGGAAAUAAUGGAUAUUAUUUAUUAGUCGAUGCUACGGUGAGUGAUAGUGCAGAUUAUACGUCGAUUCGAUCCCCAGUGUUGGGUCCAAGUGGUAUCGAAUGUCAAUUGAAGUUUUGGUAUUACAUUAAUGGAAACACCGAUUAUUCGGCAAUUGAUGUAUUUUUACAUCGAUUAGUCAGUGGUACGGAUAUUCAUGAGUUUCUACAAUGGUUUGAUGAAGAAGCACCUGAAUGGCAACAAGCUGUCGUAAAUAUUGGCCAUCAAGCGGACCGAUUUUCUAUUGAAAUCGAUGGUUUUCCGGGUGAUGCGAGCGACAUUGCAAUAGAUGAUGUAGAGUUUUUUAAUUGUCAAACAACAACACCUAUAUUAGGCUUACCAAUUGAUUGUACAUUCGAACAUGAUUGGUGUAACUAUUUUCGUGAUGAUACAGCAGACUUUCAAUGGGACAGAGCGAAUCAUACAACAGACUCAGCUGAAACCGGACCUGGAUUUGAUCAUACCACUGGUUCAGGAUAUUACAUUUACAUCGAAGCAUCGUAUCCUAGACAAGAAAACGAUAAAGCCCGUUUAUUAUCAGCUAUUCAAAAUCCAUUAACGGGACAACCCCGUUGUCUCUCCUUCUGGUAUCAUAUGUACGGUUUAGAUAUUGGUACACUCAAUGUCUACGUUGAUUCUGUUUCACCUACGGGUUUUUCACGAAAACUAAUAUGGCAAAAAUCAUCAAGUCAGGGAAACCAAUGGCUUCACGGAACAAAAACGCUACAAGAUAUUAGUGACGGUGAUGCAAGUGUAUUUGGAUGGCGAAUUGUAUUUGAAGGCAUAGUAGGAAAAGGCUAUUUAGGUGACAUUAGCUUAGAUGAUAUAUUUGUUAGCAAUAAUCAAUGUCCAUCAACGAAAACAUGCGAUUUUGAAGUGGAUAUGUGUGAUUUUAAAGCUUCUCCGGAAAAAAGUUGGAUAAGACAACAAGCAUCAAACAUGUCAAAUUUUAUUAAUAUGGAUCACACGACAUCAACAUCAUUAGGCUCGUUUGCACUAGCCAAAGAACUUCAAUCAUCGAAAUUAUCGAGUCGUCUUUAUGCAGCAAGUGGCGACGAAUGUCUACGAUUUUGGUAUUUUAUCAACGGACCAUCAUCAACAACGGGCAGUUUAAAUGUAACGAUGGCACUGACACCAAACACGCAGGUUACAAAUGUAUGGCACAGUGAUUUCUAUCUGAAUGAAUGGCGCUAUACACAAGUACAAGUAGGAGAUCGUUCUCAGUCAUUUUUAUUAAACUUUGAAGCAACUAAAUCGUCAUCUGAAGUUAUUAUUGGUAUCGAUGAUGUUGACUUACGAUUGGGCAAAUGUUCCCCAGCGAUCAAUUGUAAUUUUGAAGGUGGAAUAUUGUGUGGUUGGACACAACAGAAAUCAGAUGAUGACUUUGAUUGGUUAUUGAAUCGUGGAGAAACGGGAUCAACAGGCACAGGUCCCAGUGUCGAUCAUACAACAAAUUCAAAUGUUGGGUGGUAUAUUUAUCUCGAAGCCAGUUUUCCAGCUGAAGAAGGCCAAAAAGCACGCCUUGUCAGCGAACAUCUAUCGGCUGAAGACGGUUGUUUUACUCUUUGGUACCAUAUGCUCGGUGAAGAUAUAGGAGCAUUAAAUAUUUAUUUGGACAGCAAAUCAUCUCCAAUGAGAUUGUUAACAAAUAUAACUGGACAACAAGGCGAUCAGUGGAAACAAUUGAUAGAAGGUGUUAAUACGGGCUUACAACCAAAAGAAACGUUACAAUUUAUAAUCGAAGGAACAGCUGGAACAGGCCCUGAGGGAGACAUAGCCGUGGAUGAUAUUGUUUGGUAUCCUGGUCGUAAUUGCGAUAUAAGUCUAACAAGUACAAUACCCACCACAGUUUCACCAGUUACUUACCCACCAAAUCAAUACGAUUGUAAUUUUGAAUGUAACUGUACCUGUAAUUGGGUUCACGAUCAAACAUCAACGUUCAAUUGGAAAAUAGCUAGAGGAGAAACGGGUUCGGCAACAACUGGACCUGACUUUGAUCAUACUCUGCAGUCGACACUUGGUCAUUAUAUUUAUAUCCAAACGACAUCAGCGAAACCUAACGACACAGCAAGAUUAAUCAGUCCUGAUCUGAGUGUAACAGAAAAUAAUUAUUGUUUUCGCUUCUAUUAUCACAUGUAUGGUGCUAACAUUUAUCGACUAAAUGUAUAUGCAGGAUCUAAUAGCAAUUUGGGUAAAGCAAUAUGGCAGAAAGAAGGCGAUCAGGGCGAUGAAUGGCGUCUUGGAACGAUUGAAUUAUCAAAGAGACUAGAUCUGCCAACUAAUACAGUGUAUCAGCUGGUUAUAGAAGCCAUUGUUGGUAAAAAUUCUCAAGGUGACACUGCCGUCGAUGAUCUGGCUGUGAACGUUGGUGCUUGUCCUUCAACAACGAUGUGCGAUUUUGAAUCAGCUGAUCAAUGUGGUUAUGUAAACGAUCCAUCAAAUAAUGUUGACUGGAUUCGUCAACAAAGUGGAACGCCAUCGAACGGUACAGGACCGACUGUACNUGACACUGCCGUCGAUGAUCUGGCUGUGAACGUUGGUGCUUGUCCUUCAACAACGAUGUGCGAUUUUGAAUCAGCUGAUCAAUGUGGUUAUGUAAACGAUCCAUCAAAUAAUGUUGACUGGAUUCGUCAACAAAGUGGAACGCCAUCGAACGGUACAGGACCGAGUUUUGACGUCACAUAUGGUACACAUUUUGGUCAUUACAUGUAUUUGCCAUCAUCAAAAGCACAAAAUGCUGAUGAUAGUGGACGUUUAGUAUCAAGACAAUAUCCAGAUACAACCGGUUCGUGUGUUCGAUUUUGGACACAUCUCUAUGGAAGUAAUAUUGGCACACUGAAUGUGAGAACAUUUGCUUAUGGACAAUUAAAUCCAAAGAUUCUAUACACACUAACGGGCAGUCAAGGUGAUCAGUGGAAAUUAGUGCAAACAACUGUCAAAAGUAGCACACCAUUUCAGCUGGUAUUUGAAGGAAUUUUACAAAACCAUUCUGAAGGUGAUAUUGCAAUUGACGACAUUGAAAUUCAAUCCGGUGAAUGUUCUCCCUUAGCAUCAUGUGAUUUUGAGAAACAUAUGUGUGGAUUUAUGCAUCUGAAAGCGGAUUUUAAUUGGAAACGGACAUCUUCCAAUAUUCAAAUAUCAAACGGACCUACUACUGAUCAUACAACUAAUACUCGAGCGGGCUAUUAUAUGUUCUUGGAUCGUGCCAUCACAACUCCAAAUAAAGUAGCUCUAUUGGAAUCGGAAUUAAUUUCUAUAAGUGAUGGUGUUAAAUGUUUAAGUUGGUACUAUUACAUACGAAAUACAACAGGAGCAAAAUUCAAUGUCCUUGUUCGUGAUCCGAAUGCAAAUACAACGUCAACAAUAUUCACGCAAGAUAAAGUAUUUGACAAUUAUUGGAUUUAUCAAGAAUAUACACUAUUACCAAACAUAACGAAGUCGAAAACGUAUACAAUUGUAUUCCAAGGUAUAGUAGGAACCAAAGUCGGAGAUAUGGCUCUGGACGAUGUUAAAACCACAAGUGGUAAAUGUCUGGGUGUCACCGCUCCAACAGGUCAAUAUCGCUGUAUUAACGGAACACUCAUAUCACAAACAAAGGUUUGUGAUUUUGUAAAUGAUUGUCCGGGUGGUGAGGAAGAGAAACAAUGCGGUAAUUGUACUUUUGAAAAUAGUGUUGUGAUGUGUGGAUGGAAGGUGAACAGUAGUAGUUCAUUUACGUGGAAACGUGCUAGAAAUGGUAGUUUAGCGCUAGGCACUGGACCACCGUUUGAUUAUUCAAAUGGGAACGGGUAUUACAUGUAUGUUGCACCGGGCACUGGUCUUUCAAGUUCUCCAGCACGAUUAAUCACGUCCGUCUUUAGCCAAGCAAGUGCAACAUGCCAAUUUGAGUUUUGGUUAUUUAUGUUUGGAUCGACUAUUGGAACACUCAAUGUCACAUUACAUACUGGUGGUGUUGAACGAGCCGUACUACAACGAUUUUAUUCCGGAUCAUUGACGAUGACAAAUUGGACACAAAUCCGAAUUGAAUUAGGACGAGUAGAUGUUCCAUUUCAAAUAGCUCUUGAUGCUACACGUUCCUUAUCAGCAUAUGGCUUUAUUGCGAUUGACUCCACUAAAAUGAACAAAUGUUAUUUACCACCGGUACCUGCCAAAUGUACAGCUGCUCAAUUUACGUGUAACCGCGGUUCAUGUGUAGCAAAAGCACGUCUGUGUGAUAUGACCGAUGAUUGCGGUGAUCACUCAGAUGAAUAUAGUAAACUUUGCUUAUCAUAUCAAACUUGUACAUUCGAUGUAUCUUUCUGCGAUUGGACCCAUGACAACAGUAGCGAUUUUAAAUGGGUAUUACAUAGAGGCAUAUCACCAACUGAACUAACGGGACCUACACGAGAUCAUACAACAGGCUUUAGCACGGGUCAAUACGCAUUAAUCGAGGCAUCGUUUCCACAGCAAUCGGGAAUGAAAGCUCGCUUGAUGAGCCGUCUGUUUGAACCAACUACGACCACUUGUCGAUUGAUUAUACAUUAUCAUAUGUAUGGCGAAGAUAUGGGAGAAUUGAAUGCUUAUGUGAAAUUGUUUGCGAACGGACCAUUAAAAAAGCUUUGGGGCGUAUCGGGUAACAAAGGAAAUGCAUGGCUUCGAUAUGAAUUAAAGCUGAAUUAUUCGCAGCCAUUUCAAGUCUUCAUCGAAGGUGUUGUUGGAGAGAGCUUUCUAUCGGAUUUAGCUAUCGAUGAUACAGUAUUUACACCUGAAUGUAUUCCAUCACAAUUGUCAAGUUUACCAUCAACAAACGUUACAACUUCAACUCCAACUCCAUGUCCGUCAAAUCAAUUUCAAUGUUCAAAUUCAAUGAUUUGCAUUGAUAAAACAAAAGUAUGUGACUUCAAAGCGGAUUGUUCAGAUGCAUCAGAUGAACAUUAUUGUGGUCCAUGUGAUUUUGAACAAGGUAACUUUAGAAAAUUAGCAAUUAAGGCAAAUAGUAUCAAUAAAUGUUUUUUAGAUCAAUGUGGUUGGGAAGAUGGAUCCGUAGGAUAUUAUACAUGGCAAAGGGAUCAGGCGAAAUCUUCUUCUGGAAAUACUUUAACCAUGAGUGCACCGCCAUUUGAUCAUACACAAAAUAAUGGUCUGGGAUGGUAUAUGUACGUCGACGGUGAUACUGCAGGAUUUUUCGAUGUUGCAGUGGUGCGUAGUCCAGUAUUGCCGAGAGCAAGUUCCCGAUGUGAAAUAACAUUUUAUUAUUGGUUUACUGGGAAUAAAACUGGUUCAAUUAAAUUAUUAGCUACAGUACCGACAAACAAUACAGGUACAAAUACCGUUGUGCUUUGGGAACAAACACAAGCACAGGAUCAACGUUGGAUACGAGCAAGGGUUAAAGUUGGUGAGCAAUUAGGCGUAGUAAGUCACGGUUGGCGAUUAUCAUUCGAAUUAGUACCUAACCAAAUUGGUUCAACACCAGACACUGAUGAUGUUGCUAUAGAUGAUAUUUUCUUCUCCAAGUGUAAUGAGAACGAUACAGAUAACAUUUUAAAUUGUGAUUUUGAACAAGAUUUGUGUUCAUGGACACUCGACGGUGGUAAGUUUAAUUGGACUCGUACAUCAUCGAAGACACCAUCAUUCGACACGGGACCACAUGGUGAUCAUACAACCGGUCAGGGUUAUUAUAUAUACAUCGAAGCAUCAAUACCCCAACAACCUAAUGAUAAUGCAUGGCUCGCUAGUCCAAUGAUGCUCCCGACACCAAGGAGUUGUCUCAUCUUCUACUAUCAUAUGUUUGGAGCCGAUAUUGGAACAUUAAAUGUUUUGUAUGAGAGUACAAAUGGACGAAAGCCACUUUGGUCAAGAAAUGGUCAACAAGGCAACGUUUGGAAACGUGGACAACUUCAUUUCGACAGCACUGUAACAUUCCGGUUAAUAUUUGAAGGAAUUGUUGGAAGUGAGUUUGGUGGAGAUAUAGCAUUGGAUGACAUUGAAGUUAACUCUGGUUCAUGUCCCAUAUUGGAUGAAUGUGACUUUGAACAUGGAUUGUGUGAGUGGAAAAAUAAUGCUCAGGCGGAUUUUGAAUGGUUAUUAGGCAAAAAUGGAACAUCAUCUUCGGGCAGUGGACCCUCGAUCGAUCAUACACAGGGAUCAGCAUUUGGACAUUACUUAUACAUUAACUCAAUCGGACAAACGGUAGGUAAUGAAGCUCAAUUAGAAUCACCAUCGUUCAAGGCUAGUCAACCACGUUGUCUCCGAUUGUGGUAUCAUUUAUACGGGGUUGGAAUCGGAUCCUUACAAAUACAGCAACAAAUUGAUGGUGGAAGAUUAAAAACAUUAUGGUCAAAAUCAAACGAUCAAGAUAAUAUUUGGCGUCAAGGACGUGUGAAUAUUCCUGUAGCAUUGGGUUCAAGUAAUUACAGAAUUCUGAUCACUGGUGUUAUUGGGAAAAAUAAUCAGCAAGGAGACAUUGCUAUUGAUGACUUAAGCGUAAAAGAAGGCGAAUGUCCUGAUACAACUAUAUGUCAAUUUGAAGAGGAUUUAUGUAGCUGGUUGAAUGCACCAAAUCAUGAAAUGGACGAGAUCGAUUGGUUACGUAAUAGUGGUGAAACACCAUCUGUGGGAACAGGGCCUACGGUUGAUCACACAUUUGGUACACCGUUUGGAUUUUACAUUUACAUCGAAGCGAGUGAUUCAUUUGAUAGUGGUGAAAGGGCAUGGCUUUUAUCAGAACACUAUGAUGCCGGAAAAUAUUGUAUCGCAUUUUACUAUCAUCUGUGGGGGCAGGAUAUCGGUACAUUAAAUUUGCAUACACGAGUAGGCAAAGCACAACCUCAACUCGAAUGGAGUGUGAGUCGUGAUCAUGGAAACACAUGGCAUUUGGGUUUAGCAAAUGUUGAUAUGGCGUCUGAAUUUUAUUUCAUCUUUGAAGCAGUGCACAGCGGCAGCUAUAUGGGAGAUAUAGCGCUUGACGAUAUUACCAUUCUGCCUGGUUCAAUGUGUCAUAUUACAACGAGUACAACUACGACAACACCACCAACAACGUUAGGUCUACAUACACCGUUAUCAUGUAACUUUGAAAAAGAUGCAUGCUUAUGGACAUUAGAUGCCACAGGAAACUUUAACUGGACAAGACAUCAGGGCGAAACAUCUAGUGUUUGGACUGGACCCCAUUUUGAUCAUACACUUCAAACAGCCGACGGAUUCUGUUUACAUUUCUGGUAUCAUGCUUAUGGAACAUCAAUUGGUUAUUUGAAUAUAUACGAACGACCGCUAAAUACCAAUAAUUUGACGUUGAUUUAUCGAAUAACUGGUGAUCAAGGUAUCGAUUGGAAAGAAGCAAGAGUGUUUCGACAAAAUGUGGGCAAUUACCAAUAUGUGAUCGAAGGCGAAGUAGGAAAUGGUAUAUCAGGAGAUAUUGCCAUUGAUGAUAUUGCAACAAACGAAGGUUCAUGUUCGUCGAUGCGUUUCUGCGAUUUUGAAUCAGAUGACUUAUGUGGGUAUACAUCGGACGUAUCUGGAAAUUUUAAUUGGACAAGGAACAAAGGUUCAACCGACACACUGUUUACUGGACCCAUGGUUGAUCACACUACACUAACUGAACAGGGACAUUACAUGUAUAUUGAAACAAGUGCACCAAAAGUUCAAGGCCAUGCUGCCAUUCUCGUUUCACCAACAUUUUCGUCCUCGAGUGCAUAUAAUUGUCUACAAUUUUUCUAUCAUCAAUAUGGUUCCGAAGUUGGAAUGUUGAAUGUUUAUAAACGAGAAGUAGGCGCUGGUUCAUUGACACCAUUGAAAUUGUUUACAGCGCAAGGCGAUCGUGGCGAUGAAUGGCAUGUAAUGGAAAUCAAUAUUGUUCCAACACGAUCGUUCAACAUCAUCUUUGAAGGAGUUGUCGGAAAAGGUUUUAAAGGCGAUAUUGCCAUUGAUGAUGUACUUGUAAAAGAUCAGUAUUGUGCACCAUUGGGCUAUUGUGAUUUUGAAGAAAAUUUAUGUGCAUAUAAAAAUUCAGAAUUCGACCGACAAUUAGAAUGGAUACGAUUCAGAGGUGAAACACCAAGCGUAUUAACUGGACCAUUAACUGAUCAUACUCUAGGUACGCAAUAUGGAACAUACAUUUACUUGGAAACGUCAUCACCCGCUAAAGAAAGUGACCGGGCAAUACUCAUUAGUCCCGAUCUGGAUAAUACAGCACGUUAUUGUUUUCAAUAUUAUUAUCAUAUGUUGGGUGAUACUAUUGGCAGUUUGAAUAUUUAUCGGCAGACGUAUUCGAACAGAAGUGCGAAAAUACCGUUAGCAAGUCACUCCGGUAACAAGGGCGAUCAGUGGAAUGUUGGCCAAGUACAACUGGAACCAUUGAAAAAUCAAACAAGUACAGUUUAUCGUAUAUUGAUCGAGGGUGUCGUUGGUUCUUCCUUCGACGGAGACAUAGCAAUGGACGACUUUUCAAUUACACCGGGCACAUGUCCACCUACACCAAAUGAUUGUCUUGUGAAAUGUAAUAAAAAUGGUACAUGCAUUCCGUCUUCAAAAGUAUGUGAUUUCAAUU